CUGCACUUGAAGUGGCUGUUGUCAUAUUGAUCCCGACUUAGGGCUUGCAGCCAGAAGAAGUUAACUUGCCCCCACCAUUGACCGAGCCACUUGAGAGCACUGUUGCCACAGUAAAUAUUUGGGGAUGGAGAGCCCUGAGCCAAACGACCUUGUUGGGAUCCUGAGAAGAGGCACUGUUUAUUCGGAUGCACCGUGCUAGGAGUAGCCUCCUUGUUAGCCUCUGGAUCGAAGUAGAUCGCCACUCACUUGCUAAUUCUUUAAGCACUCACUCAUUUGCUAAAUCUCACUCACUCAGAGCCCAUUCCGGAGGAGGAGAGAGAAGAGGGGGAGGAAGGGCUGGUGAGAGUUUCUGCCUUCCCAUUGGACCUGAGGGAGCUGCUGCCCAGCGUCAAGGUCUGGUCUGAUUGGAUGCUUGGACACCCCAACCAAUGGAAUCCUCCACCUUGCCGUAUAGACUGUAGUCUUGAUGUGUGGCGUAGCCUGGCAGACCUGUGUAAUGCGUUGGCGCGUGUCGACCACGGCGAGGCGCCGCUGUACAAGGCAGACGGGGACGGAGGGGAGGGGGAUGAAGAGCUCCGUCUGCUGCUAUUGGAGGAGGACAGGCUACUGGCCGGCUUCGUCCCGCUGCUCGCAGCCCCGCAGGAACCCUGCUACGUAGACUGCACCGGGGAUACAGCGAUAGCAGCAGACUGUAAAAGGGUAACAGUAUUGAAGUAUUUCCUGGAGGCUCUAUGUGGACAGGAAGAACCUCUCCUGGCUUUUAAAGGAGGGAAGUACGUCUCCAUGGCAACCUCUCCCCAACCCGGGCGCCCCGGCGACGCGCGCAGCAGACAGGACUCGCAGACAGAGAGAGAGAGUGAUGACGUCAUCGUGGAGGCGGAGUCGUCUGUGUCGGACGGUGAUGAUGAUGGCAGUGAGGAUGACAUCCGAGAGCUCCGGGCCAGACGCAGCGCCCUCACUAACAAACUGGCUGAGCAGCAGAGACGCAGGGACAAGAUACAGGCGGUGUUACAGACGUGUGGUCAGUUGGAGUUAGAGGUGCGGCCUCUUUUCCUGGUCCCCGACACCAACGGUUUCAUCGACCACCUCACCGGCCUCAAGACACUGCUGCAGUCUGGGACGUACAUUGUGGUGGUGCCCCUCAUAGUGAUAACAGAGUUGGAUGGUCUGGCAAAGGGGCAGGAGAGCUGCGAUGGCUCUGGCAGUGGGCGUGGUGGCAGUGGUUGUCGUGGAAACACCGGUGGUGGUGGACCGACCCACGCUCGGUCGGUCCAGGAGAAGGCUAAGGUUGCCGUGGCGUUUCUGGAGCGAGAGUUCGAGGCCAGGGAGCCCUGUCUCAGAGCGCUGACCAGCAGAGGAAGUCAACUGGAGUCUAUCGCCUUCCGCAGCGAAGACACCUCCGGACAACAGGGAAACAAUGAUGAUGUCAUCUUGUCCUGCUGUCUCCACUACUGCAAAGAUGAGGCUAAAAGCUUGAUGCCUGCACAGACAGACGGUCCGGUGCGCUUGCGUCGGGAGGUGGUUCUCCUGACAGAUGACCGUAACCUGCGGGUCAAAGCCCUGACCAGGAAUGUGCCGGUCAGGGACAUUCCUGCCUUCCUCACCUGGGCCAAAGUGGGCUGAACCGGGUCACACACAGACCACGCCCAAAGCACCCAGACAACCAAUCAACUGCUGAGAACCGCUGGCCACCUCCCACACCACCUUCGAGUGGAGAAGGAGAAUAUACGCUAAAGCAGAAGAGAAGACUGUUGGAGAGAAGACUGUUGGAGAGAGAGAAGAAGGAGAAACUCAUUUUUUUUGGUGGAAAAGCUCAAAUGAAAACUAAAAAAGCUUCUUUUUUUUUGGAGGGGUGGAAUGAGUUGAAUUGUCUGAGAGCUUUUUCUCCUCUCGUUGUGGUGAGGUGUGUGUUAAUAACUGCUUCUCUCAGAGGAAAGGAGGAGGGAGGACAGGAGCAGAGUUUUAAGAGAUGCAGGAAGGCUGGACCAGGAGGAACGGUAGAGGAGAGAGAGGAGGUGUGUGAGUGUGUGUUUAUUAUCUGGUUUCUCCAUUCCAGCCGUGCGGCCUUCAUAACUUCUGCAGUGUGUUCUCAAGGCCAGCAGCAGUAUUUACCUCUGUGGAAACGACAGAGCAGAGAAGGAAUAGAGAGAGAGGGAUAUAGGUUAGGGCUGUGGAGGAAGGCCCUAGCCUGACUGAAGACUUAUCUCUGGCUGUGUGAGUGUCUGUUUAACUGACAUCUGUCUGUAACCCUAGAGCAGCACAGAGAGGGGCCCUGUAGUGGCAAGGAGGGAGGCUGUGGUGAUGGGUUACCAGGUUCUGGUGUAUUAGAUGGGGGAUUGGUACCCCACCCUAAUCUCCUUGACGCAGAGCCACACGCUCAGCCUCGGAUGGCCAGGAUGUGGUUUGCAUCCCAGUUGCCCAGCAACAGUGUUGGUGAUGUUGGUACCCCCAGCAGCUUGAUGGUGACAGAGUAAUUUCCAAGUUGGGGUUUCUAUAAAGGAACAGCUUUAAAAAAAUAAAAAAUAAAUCAAAAGACAAAGAAAAUAGACUUUUUCUGAUUUAGCAUUGUGGAUGUGGCGGUGUGUUUUAGUUGGUAUUCAUUGUGUGUGUGUGUGCGUGCGUGCGUGCGUGCGUGCGUGCGUGCGUGCGUGCGUGCGUACGUGCGUACGUACGUGUUUGUGUGAGAUGUUUAUGCUCGACAGAAGAGCUCGUCUUUCUGCUUACGUUUUCACCCACAAACCGUUUUGGUUUGUUUAAGCUUUUUAACAAGUCAAAUAAGAUUUGAAUGUUUUAUUUUGUCAUAUAUUUAGUUUGUUUCUCUUAGUUUUUACCACUACCUGUUUGGGUAACUCAUCAGCUUGUUCAGCUUCUAUUCAUUAUCUAUCUAUUUUCUUCACAUUGAGUACAGAACUCUGCUGAUCUGAGUCAACAUAUCUAGGCUGGCUAGAUAUGUUCAGUAACGUGUGUGUGUGUGUGUGUGUGUGUGUGUGUGUGUGUGUGUGUGUGUUUG